AUGGGAACCGAGUCGACGAAAAAUGUCGCAAAUUGGGAAAAAUGGCUACAACUAGCCCAGGUAUACUACUUCUUCACGUUGUUUGUAGUUGGAUCCGUUUUCACUCCAAUUUUGCUUGUUGUGUUGCUUUUUACAAGAUUCUGGUGGUACAGCGUGUUCUAUGCGACUUGGACCAUUGUGCACAAGUUUUACUUCUUCACAUUGCCAAAACCAUGGGAAUGGUUGAGAAAUCACACCUUCUGGGAUCAUUAUGGCCGAUAUUAUCCAAUGAAGUUGCACAAAACUGCUGAGCUGCCUCCGGAAAAGAACUACUUGUUGAUGUAUGUUUUCUUAACGUUUUCGGUGUUAUUUAUUGUGGUUGGGAAACGUUCUUGAGAGUUAUGUGUUAUUCUGGAUAUUUAGGUAACGUUUUCCGUUUCUAGGUCAAAAAUGGAAUUUUAAAGUUAUUUUUGCUUUUUAGGUAACAUUUCUUUAUAUUUUUUAAAUAUCUUUUAUUUUGGUUUUACGAUUGAUAAUUUUUGAUGAUUUUAGAUGGCAUCCACAUGGUAUUCUGUCGUUCUCAGCUGGUGCUACCGUGAUGACUAACAUCACCAGGUUCACCGAAACAUACCCAGGUAUUACCCGGUAUGCUGCCACAUUGCCGUUGCAUUUCUUGUAUCCUUUACGAUCGUUCUGUAUGGCAAUGAGAGGCUUUAUUCCUUGUGAGUUUUUAAGUUUUUAUUGAUUUUUUAGGGGUUUAGGUAAAGGAUAACAUAGGAAAAUAGCGUGCCAUAAUUUUGUGGACGUUUUUAUUGCUUGUAUGAAAUUGUUUAGCAAAUUAUAAUAUUUUUGAUUGAAAUCAACGUUUACUAGAAUUGUUUUUGAUGAAAUAAGUUUAACUGUUUUUAGUGUAUAUUUUUCAGCAAACUUUUCCAAUAUCUUCAAGGUCGUAUCUCAUAAACAAGGGGGUAACGCUGUUAUUUUGGCCGUUGGCGGAGCUGAGGAAUCUCUCGAGUCUCAUGAAGGAAACUACAAGUUGGUGCUGAAUAGUAGGAAGGGAUUUGUUCGUCUUGCGUUGAAGUCUGGAUGUUCUUUGGUGCCCGUUUAUGCUUUUGGAGAAACCUCAACAUAUCAUCAAGUUCUUAAUCCAGUUGGCUCUAAGUUGCGUCGGUUUCAGACUCAGGUCAAGAAGAUUUUGGGAGUUGCACCAGCUUUCUUCUACGGCACCAUGGGCUUCUGGAGAUUGUAUGGACCUUUCCCAUUGUCGGCCGAACUCAACACUGUUGGUAAGGGGUUUUAUGUUUUUGGAUUCAGAAUUAGGUAUUUUACUCUCUUUUAUAUUAUAGAAAAUAAAAACUGAUGUAGAUAAGUUUUACUAUCGUUUUUUUCAGUAGGAGCACCGAUUGAAGUUGAACCUGUAGCCGAGCCUACUCAAGAACAGAUUGAUCAACUCCAUGAUACCUACAAAUCAAAGCUGAUUGAGUUGUUUGAAGCUCACAAGGCUAAGUAUGCCGUGCCAGAAGAUCAACAUUUGGAAUUUUUGUAA